ACAAUAUGGCAUCGCCGCCUUACUUGCUCAGUAAGAAAAUUUAACUGUUUUUUUUUUGCGCACCUGAAAGCGGCGAUAGACAUUGUUUACUUUUAGUUUAUAUUUACAUUAUCCAAAAGCCAAAUGAACUUUGAGCAGGUCAAUAUACCAGAGAAACUAGUGCCGGACAACUAUUUGCAACUGGGACUGGCUGCGCAACGCAGUAAGCAGCGCAGUUUUAAGGAGCUGCUCGAAAAGCGAAAGCUUCCGAAAAAUGGUUGGUCCGAUGAACGUAUCGAGGAGCUGGUGCACAUGCUGGCUUCCUUGGACAGCAAUAACUAUCCACAUAAGGUCGGUUUAGGAGAGCGGGAGGCGCGUAUAGCCUGCAAACUCGUGGCUCGCCGUCACUACAACUUCGGUCAUGGUAUCGGCAGAUCUGGAGACUUACUAGAGGCACAACCCAAGGCAGCUGGCUCUACGCUGCUCGCUCGUCUCACAAACGCCCUGAUUCUGGACCUUAUUCGGGGAAUCGGACUGCCCAGCUGUGCUGGCUGCUUUUUGGUGCCAAUGUGUACAGGCAUGACAUUGACUUUGUGCCUGCAGAGUCUUCGCAAGCGGCGACCCGGGGCGCGGUAUGUGCUCUGGUCCCGCAUCGAUCAGAAGUCCUGCUUCAAGGCCAUCACAGCAACGGGCUUGGUGCCGGUAGUCAUCCCCUGCCUUAUUAAAGGAGAGUCCCUGAACACGAACGUAGAUUUAUUCCGAGAAAAGAUAAAGUCAUUGGGAGUGGAUAGCAUCCUCUGCCUGUACACUACCACCAGUUGUUUUGCUCCACGAAACAGCGAUGACAUUGCCGAAGUAUCCAAGUUGUCCAAACAAUGGCAGAUUCCCCAUCUGGUCAAUAAUGCCUAUGGAUUGCAGGCAAAGGAAAUCGUUAAUCAGUUGGAGUGCGCCAAUCGAGUCGGACGCAUUGAUUACUUCGUUCAGAGCAGCGACAAGAAUUUGCUGGUGCCAGUGGGUAGUGCCAUUGUGGCCAGCUUCAAUGAGAGUGUGCUCCACGAUGUGGCCAGUACUUAUGCUGGGAGAGCUAGUGGUUCCCAGUCACUAGAUGUCUUGAUGACGCUACUCUCACUUGGGCGCAAUGGCUUUCGAUUGCUUUUCGAUCAGCGGGGCGAGAACUUCAAUUACCUGAGAGAGAACCUUAGGAAAUUUGCAGAGCCACGCGGAGAGAUUGUUAUAGACAGCAGGUUUAACUCCAUAUCCUUGGCCAUAACAUUGGCCACUUUGGCUGGGGAUCAGAUGAAGAGCAUCACCAAGCUUGGCUCCAUGCUACACAUGCGUGGAGUUUCCGGAGCAAGAGUGAUAGUUCCUGGCCAAAAUAAAACUAUAGACGGGCAUGAGUUUCUAGAUUUCGGCUCCCACCGCAGCAACCUGCAAGUUCCGUACCUGACUGUAGCGGCAGGAAUUGGAAUAACCCGAGAGGAGAUUGACAAAUUCUUCGACAUUUUCAACAAGUGCUGGAACCAGAUUUUUCAAACUAAAAAUGAAAAAAUUAUGAGCCUACUAGAAACAACAAUCAAAUAAAAAACCUAUUUUUUAAUAUU